UUCAUUGUCAGUGACUACUGACUAAAAACAUAACCAAAAAGUUUAGAGUCUACAUUAUUGAACUAUUAUGAGAAAAUAAUAUUAUUAUUAUUAGUAGAUAGCCUUUAAUAUGUGGAACAACAGCAUAAAAUCUAAAUAAUAAAAUUAUUCAUUCACCUUUCGUAAGAGUAAAAAUUAUUGAGGAUGUCUUCAGCGGACGAGGAACUUGAACUCUUGGAGAGAGUGUUCUUCCGUAUAUGUUCGGGAAGCGAUGAGAAUCUUGAAAGCUCUGUUUGCAAGUUCCUUACACCAGUGCUCUUGAAGAUAGCCAGUCCUCAUGAAGCCGUUAGGAAUAAGGUCACGGAGCUAUGUGUUCAUAUCUCGAAACGGUUGAAAUCUCGGCCGUUGAUUCAGCUUCCUGUAGAGGCUUUACUCGAACAAUUCAUGGAUCCAUCAACGCCUUCAGUGAUUUCGAAUGUCAGUGUGGUUUACUUGAAAAUGGGAUAUCAACGAUUGCCUCCUAGUAAACAAGCAGAAUUAAUUCCGAAGAUCGUUAAUGCACUGGACAAGAAAUCACAGGAGCAUAGUGAUAUUCUCGUGAUGCUGAUAAUUAGUGCUCUGGGUCAUGUACAAUGGCCUCGUGAUCCAGUCAUGUGUGUAAAUCACAUUGCACCUAAUGAAAAACCAAAAUUAUUAUUAGAGGCUCUUCUAGAUGUCCUCCUCAUGCCGUAUGGAUGGAAAAAUCAAACUUUCGAAGCACCACCAGGUCUAAGUGUUUAUGCCUUGAAGCGGAUCGUCAGCAAUCUCGACUUUGAAAAAGUCCCCCUCGAGAAGGUGAAGCAAAGUGCUCUGAAAUGUGUGACCAGUGGCAUGUACAAGCCAGAGGAGACACUCUGCCAUCUGGUGGCCAGUUCUGCAGACCAGUGGUCAAGUGUAUCCACCAUUGCCAAUAAUGAGCUCGAUAUAUUUUUGAGGAGUGGUUUGGACUGGAGCAAUCCUACUAUGCUGCUGCCUUUGUACCAGUUGUACCUGGGUGUUCCAAACAAUAACGACAGUGAUAAGAGUCGAGCGCCCGCCGAUCUUCGCUUGAAGCUGAAAAUUCUGCCCCAAAUGGCCAAAGCGCGAGGAAAGGGCAUUAUUUGGCCGAUAUGCAUCAAGGUAGUAUUUGAUGCACUCUAUGGGGAAACAAAUGUCAACAUUGCAACCAAAUUGAUUUCACUUGGCCUCAACUUUUGCUCUGUCAUGAUUGAACAAUCAGACGCAGCUAAUCUCCGAGCAGUAGCUCGCAUUCUCCUUGACUCUGGACUUCAGCAGCUUGUUCCUCUGCUGAAAGGCUCUACUCUCCAAGAGAAGAUCUACCAGAUAAUAGGUCAGUUGGUGCUCAAAGUGCCUGACCUUGUUAAAAACGACUUGACCCUUCUGAGUCGUUUGUUCAACAUCAUCUCACAGGAAGAAGACAAGGAAGUGCAAGUAGUGGUACGCGAGACCCUAGUAAGCAUGGUGACCGCCUACAGUGCCAGUGAUCUGCUGCUGGCUUUCCUGGCCACCCAAGUCAAGGCUCCAUCCUACUUCACUCGGCUGGUUGCCCUGCGAUAUCUGUCCACCGUCUUUCCAGCCGACCACAUGGAUGCACGCUUCUGGAUUCUCACCACAACUGGCGAUGUAAUGGCGGAAGUUGCAACGCAAGGCUUGAAGGCGCUGUACGGCCCUGGUUUCCGGCCCGGAAACAAAUGGAAGCCGAUUCCUUCCCAAGCACUCACUCUGCCCGACUUCUCCAAAAUGGCGAUCGUGGUGCAGGAUAAAAUCGAACAGAAGAAAUCGAAUCCCAGUUCCAGGGUCACUGUCAACAAACUCACUCUGCCUUUCGAUGUUACAACGUACUCUCAUGUUAUGGCGUACCUCCGUUUAUGUCUGCUGCACGCAGCUGGAAUUGAACUCGCAAAAGAUCAGGACUAUUCUGUAAUUGAUACAGCUGCCCCUAUUGGAAAGUACUUGCGGAAAAAUCUGAUUAAAAAUUCCAAACCUGAUGAUUCGAUCACCGCAUAUUUGAAUAUGAACUUUGAACUGCUGGAGGCUCAGCCUGGUGUUGUACCCUUACACUGCAUUUUGGAAUGCUGUGGAUCUACGCCGGAAGUAUUUGUUCCGAUGUAUGUCUCUAAAAUGGCUCUUGUCAAGAAUCUACUAAAAAGCUCUCAAGGUGAGAUUCGCGAACUGUGUGCCAUGCUGUAUGCAGUUCUACUCGCAUAUGGAUGCGAACAGAUGGAGUUCGAAACUGAAUUCCAAUCGCUCAUCGAUAUCCUGGAUUCUGGCGGCAAAGACCUUGAACACCUCCACGGCUGUCUGCUGGCUUUGGGCAAUGCCAUAGACAGAUGCUGCAUCAGUCAGAGGAUCUCGAAAGAUUGGCCUCUACUCAAGAAGAGCGUUUUUUCUACGUUGCCUUACCUGGAACAUUCACAUCACAUGUUAAUUGGUGCCAGCAGCAAUGCGAUUGCACUGAUAAGUCACAGCGUCCUGCUACCGCUGGAAGAUGUCGAAACGUCUCAAUCCAUGAAAUCAUCCUCUGUUGGAAGACUGGACGUUUUAAAGAAAUUGCUAGCCAUCGCAAAAAAUCCAUCCUACCCUUUUCAGGUGGUUGAAGAAGCUUAUGGCGCAAUUGGAUAUUUAUGUUUGAAUCAAGAAUUUACAUACCGCGACUUUGUAUUGAAUUCUUUCAUCGAAAGUGCUAAGGAGACGAAAGCAGUUGAUGUUCACAUUUGCGUGGGAAAAGUGCUAGUGAACUGUGUGCUGGGUCCAGCCUCGUUGUCGGCCCGAAACGCCUGGCUGCAGACAGGUGACGAAUUCACUCCUUCGCCCACACUUGUCAACGAUGCCAAUAAAAUGAUUGAUGGCUCUCUGAAUCUGCUGUUGGAGAAGACGCUUCCUAUGCCUCAUCCCAAUUCUAGACAGGCUUGUUGCAUUUGGCUGUUUGCUAUUCUGAAGAACUGCAUCAAUCACGAAGCUGUGAAGAACCGACUUAUAUCAAUACAGACUGCUUUCUUCGAUCUACUGUCAGAAAACAAUGAUGUAGUGCAGGAUGUGGCGUCGAAAGGUCUGGCGAUGGUGUACGAGAGUGGCAGUGAGGACAUGCGGCAACAGCUGAUCAAAAUGCUGGUCGAUCAGCUGACUCAAGGUCGUCGUACCGUCGCCCAAGUCACUCAGGACACCGAGAUAUUCGAGAAAGGCGCUCUUGGAACCACCCCUACUGGAGAAAAUCUAUCUACUUAUCGAGAACUGUGUUCACUGGCUUCAGACUUGAAUCAACCUGAUCUCAUCUACAAAUUCAUGCACUUGGCUAAUCACAAUGCAACAUGGACUUCAAAAAUGGGCGCUGCCUUUGGUUUCUCAACCAUAGCAGCAGCUGCUGGGAAGCAGCUAGGUGAACAUAAAGGAAAGAUCAUUCCCAAACUGUACCGAUAUCAGUUUGAUCCGACACCCAAAGUGCAGAACUCAAUGGCAGCCAUUUGGCAAGCUCUAGUUCCAGAAUCAACCAAAACGGUUGAUCAAUAUCAUAAGGAAAUAUUCCAAGAUCUAAUCCAGAAUUUGACUUCGGGACAAUGGAGAGUGAGAAUUUCAUGUUGCUUGGCGUUGUCCGAUUUUCUUGUCACAGGAGGCAAACGAGUUUUCCAGGAUUGCAUUGACAUGAUGCCUGAACUUUGGGGCCAGUUGUUCAGAGUUAUGGAUGACGUUCAUGAUGGCACAAGGCAAGCGGCUACCAAUACAAUGAAAACGGUUUCCAAGCUUUGCAUCCAAUGCUGUGAGAACAAAGACGGGAAAUCUGGUGAGCUGAUGCUGAAAACAUUAUUGCCAAUGCUUCUAUCAAGUAUCAAUAAUCAAGUGCGGGCAGUCCGAGCUGUCAGUAUCAAAACAAUAUCAUUGUUGGUGAAAUCAGCGGGAGUGCAGCUCAAACCACACCUCUCCAAGCUGAUUCCCACCCUGCUGGAAGCAACCAGCGAACUGCACGAGUCCCUGUUCACACAGAACGUCAAUGAUGCGCAGACCGAGGGAUUGAUGGACAAUGUUGGGUCGAUUGUCAUCAAGUCUCAUUUUAAACUGGAUCAAAUCCUAUAUUCUUCAAAUCGACCAAGUAAGGCUGCUCAUUUGAAGAUGUAUCAAAAAGUUUUUUAUUCCAAUUUGUGUGUGCACUUCAUUGAUGGUGAAGUUCUCGCUGAUAUGCUACCUCGUCUGGUGGAACUACUGAAAACGUCUGGAAACUUCGCAUCCCGCGUAGCUACAGCCAACUUUCUGACACUUCUCUGUCAUCAUAUGACUGUUGAUAAGCUUCAACCACAUGUUGGUAAACUUCUGGGAGUUCUAGUGACUGGGCUUUCGGAUAAGAAUAGAACUGUGCGGCGCACCUAUGCUGGAUGUAUAGGCCAGUUAGCCAAAGCUGCCAAAGAUUCCAGUUUAGAUAAACUGGUUGUCAAGCUCAAAACUAUCUAUUUAGAAAAAGAAGAUGAUAACAUACGACAGGCAGUUGGCCUAGCAUUCCAUUCUCUGGUACAAAAUCAUCAGGAAGAAGCCAAGGCUAGAGCCGAAACAAUUCUUCCAUUAGUUUUCUUUGCAAUGCAUACAAAGACUGAUAAAAAUGUGGCGUAUGAAACUAUACUCUAUUUGAUAUUUGCACCGCUGAGUGAUGAGAAUGUUUGGGAAGACAUGUGGCUGGAGGUCUCUGGAGGUACAGAUGGGUUGCUGAAAUACGUCGAUGAUGUUCUACAGCUCCUGGAAGACACACUUCAGUCAUCGUCUUGGCCUGUCAGGGCUCAGUCAGCACGAGCUAUGAAAACCAUAGCUGAGAAAAUAGGGAAAUCGAUUGACCAAACAAAACAAGACAGAGUGGUUGAUCUUCUAGUCCAGGCACUUCAAGGUCGUACGUGGGAUGGCAAAGAGCACAUAUUGACCGCCCUGGCCACAUUCUGUACUAAUUGUCCAACAUUGAAAGACUCGAACAAAGUUGAAACUAUCACAAGAGACGUGCUCAAGGAAUGCAAAAAAUCAAAUCUCUUGUACAGAAAGCAAGCGUUAAUCACUAUUGGAGUCAUUGUAGAAGCUCUCAAUGUUGAUAAAUUUGAAGAAAUUUACAUCCUUGUCGAAGAAAUUCUUGGAAAGGGAGCAGAGAAGGGAGACGAUUCUAUGGAUGAUGUGGAUGAUGAUAACAAAAAAGAACAUACCGCAUUAAGAGAAGCUGCUUUUGAAACUUUGGGCAAAGCCUGGCCCCAGAAUGAGAAGACUCAAGCUCAGUAUAGAGAGAAGGUGAUUGUGCAAUGUGUAUCCUGUCUCCAAUGUAAUACAAGAUCCGUUCAAGUGUCUAUCAUGUCUUCGGUCAUCAACUACAUCGAUAAACUGACUCUCCUCUCUGGCAAAGGAUUGAAUGAUACUGAGAGCAAAGAGUUGAAAGUGAUUCUCUCUCAUAUUAUGGAAGCACUCUCGUAUUCUCUAAGUAUACCUAAACAUACAAGACUAAGAAAAGAAGCAUUAAACGUUAUGAUCACACUUGGAAAACGAUUAAAAGACAUGGAAUGGAAAGAAGACCUGAAGAAAAUUGGCAAAAUAUUCUCUGAUCUUUCUCAUGACCUGACUCAAGAUAACUCUCCCGAAGUCAAGACUCGUGUCAUAGAUAUAAAGGAUUUUUUCAAAAAUUUAGAAUAAAAUACAGUUGAAUCAAAGUUUUCUAAUACAUAUUUUCUCGCAGUAUUUAUUUAAAUAUACUACUUCUUAACAAGU